AUGUGUCCUAUUCUUACUGCAUUGAUAUUGGCACUCCUGGCAGCUGGUAUAUAUGGACUUAUCACUUUAUUGGCAAACAAAGCAGGAACUACUAGCACUGCUACAUCGACUACUCCAUACGUAUGUAACUUUACUUGUCUCAAUCAAUCAUGGAUUUCUUCAGCGAAUGUUUUGGCUUUAUGGCCAUUCGAUGGGACAUUUAUCGACAGUACUUUUACAUAUAAUGCCACACCUGCGAAUAGUCCUACUUUUGUAAGUAAUGGCUAUUUGAACCAAGCACUCUCUUUCAAUGCGAAUCAAAGUCAAUCAUUGGUCACUUCAUACAUUCCUCUGGCAAGCACGAGUUUUACAAUUGAUGUUUGGCUCUAUCCGACAGGAUUUCCUUAUUAUGCGGAUCAUAGUAUUCUUGGUUUGUGUCCUGCCCUAUUGCCCAACGAAUGUCUCCAUUUGAUCUUUCGCGAUUCUGGAUCAGGCUCUCACCUUCAUUUUGGAUUCUAUUAUGAUGAUUGUGAUGGGGCUACAAUAAUAUCUCCUAAUAAUUGGAUCUAUGUUACAUUCGUUUUCGAUAUAAGUACGAUGACACAAUGGAUUUAUCUCAAUGGAGUACUGGAAUGUAGUCAAACCGUAUCAUCAAAUCUCUUAUUCUCCACGGGCAGCGUUACUAUUGGUUUGGUUCCGAAUCUCGAAGGUGUACCAGGCGACGACUAUUUCCAGGGCUACAUAGAUACAUUAAAGAUUAGUAAUCGAGUCAAAAGUGCAUGUGAAAUACUUGAAGAUGCCACACUUGCUUGUCGUUUUCCAUUUGAUAGUACAAAUACGUUAGUCGAUUUUGGACCUAAUUCGGUAUCAGCAAAUGCUUAUUCAUAUUCCGUUUUACCUGUUGGUCACACUCUUCAAGCCAUUCGAUUCAAUGGUACGAAUUCUUACUUUCAAGCAUCGGGCUUUACUCAAUUUAGUAUCAAUGACCAACCAUUUUCGAUAUCGCUCUGGAUUCAACCUAUAUCUCGAUCAGGUACACUCGUUCAUAUCUCAAAGUCAUCGACUGGUGCUGGAUCAUGGUGCCUUUCAUUCAUAGGCUUUGCUCCAAAUGGUACACUAGUUGCGCAAAUAUAUGAUGGUACAGCAAUAGUAUCUAUCAUAGCACCGACUGUUAUUCCGCUCUCAUCACCAUAUUGGACUCAUAUUGUACAAACAUGGAGCUCAACGAACGGUCUUCGUCUUUAUAUUGAUAAUAUUCUAGUUGCUUCUGAACCAUCGGCAGUAACAUUUGUGGCUAGUAGUAUAACGCCAAAUUAUGUUACAUUAGCAAAUAGUUUUUCAGCAACAUGCUUGACAGGUGGAAUAAAUAUCAGCAAUCAUUAUGUAGGUGGCGUGGAUGAUUUCAGAAUUUACAGUCGAGAAUUAUCGGCAAAUGAUGUAUGUACUUUAUAUGUUGGUUGA